UAUCUGCUUGGUCCUCUUAGCGGACACUGAACAAGCCCAGGUCACGCUGAUGUUAUAAACACGUUGCCGAAGACAGCCUUCUUGACAGGCAAAAUGAACUAUGCAAGAUUCAUCAACCGUGUAAGUGCAGCUAGAGUGGCAUCGCCAAUUCGGUUACUGACUGAACUUCAGCAAAAAAUGCCACCUUCCUUAAUCUCAUUAGCUGGAGGAGCUCCCAACCCGAGCACAUUUCCUUUCCAGACUGCUACCAUCACCUUGAAAGAUGGAGGUAGUGUGGUAUUUGACCAGAAAACCAUGAACAGAGCACUACAAUAUUCAGCAUCAUCAGGAAUCCCAGAAUUACUUUCAUGGGUAAAGAAUCUUCAGAAAAGCCUUCACAAGCCACCAAAUGCCAAUAAUGGGGAAAUGGAAAUGUGUAUCACAACAGGCAGCCAGGAAGGAAUGUCUAAGGUAUUUGAAAUGCUUAUCAGUCCUGGAGACAAUGUGUUGUUAGAUGCACCAACCUAUUCUGGAACACUAACAGCACUAAGGCCACUAGGUUGUAACAUAAUUAAUGUAGCCAGUGAUCAAUAUGGAAUGAUCCCCGAAUCUUUGAGAGAUGUCCUAUCUAAGUGGAAUAAAGAAGAUGUUAAGAAUUGUAAUAGCACCAUUCCAAAAUGUCUUUAUUGUAUUCCAAAUGGAGGGAAUCCUACAGGGACUUCCUUAACUGAGGACCGCAAAUAUAAGAUCUACCAGCUUGCAAGGGAAUAUGAUUUACUUAUUAUUGAAGAUGAUCCCUACUAUUUUCUUCAGUUUCAAAAGCCUUGGGCUCCAUCAUUUUUAUCAAUGGAUGUUGAUGGUCGUGUUAUUAGAUUGGAUUCAUUUUCAAAAAUUCUUUCAUCAGGGUUACGAAUUGGAUUUAUAACUGGACCGAAACCUCUCAUUGACAGAGUUGUCUUACACAUUCAGACUUCUACAAUGCAUACCAGCACUUUUACACAGCUUAUGGUGUCACAGCUGCUAAAUAAAUGGGGACAGGAGGGAUUCCUUAAGCAUGUGGAUAGUGUGGUGGAUUUCUACAGAAAACAGAGAAAUGCAAUGCUUACUUCUGCUGAUAAAUGGCUUAAAGAGGUUGCUGAGUGGCACUGUCCUUCUGCUGGCAUGUUUUUAUGGCUCAAGCUCAAAAGAAAUCUGGAUACAGAUGUCCUGAUCAUGAAAAAAGCCUUAGAAAAAGAGGUACUACUAGUACCAGGAGCUGCGUUUAACAUUGACCCUUCACAGCCCUCUCAAUAUAUGAGAGCUUCAUUCUCACAGUCGACUCCUGAGCAGAUUGAUCAGGGUUUUCAGAGACUGUCAGAGUUAAUCAAGGAGGCCAUGUAGAAUGUAUUCAGAGAAGAACCAAGUUAAAAUUAAUAAAUGAAAUCAAUGUGGAGGUUUUGCUCAAGUAUAAUUGCUCUUUUAAUAAAGGACACUAUUCAUGACUAAGGGCUCACACUGAAGAGAACUAACAAUCAUGGCAUUAGAAACAGGAUUAAGAAAACUAUUUACAACAUAAAUAUAUGUGCUUGAUUAUCUGGAUAUUUACUGUACCAAUGAUAUUUUUGUAAUCCACAGAUUAAUCUUAAGGUAAUGUUAAGGAUAUGGAUUCUGGUGUUAUGUAGUUGUAGCCCUAAUAAGUUUUAAUUGGUUUUGUUCCCAAUUGAGCCUUUCUGGUUUAGUGAUCAGUUCUUUAGUUCAGCACACACUUAUGUUUCUGUGUUCUUGAAAGAAGUUUGCACAAAGUUGCUUACUUAUUAGCUGGCAUUGUGGUCACCCUUCUUACAUGGUAAAUCUCCAGAAUAGGUAAACAUUCUAAAGAUUACAGCUUUCUUUCUUUAAAAUUAAAUACAUAAUAUCCAUUUU